AAAAAGUUCUCUCGGAAAUCGCAGCAAGCACCUUCAAUUACUCAGUCGAUGUUCAGCCAAAACAAAGGAAACUGCGUAAAAGCUAGUCUAACAAGUGAAAAUAAUAUUUUCUGGAUAUUUUCAUAAAAGUAGUUUGUGUAAAAGUUAGAAAACUGAAGUACAGCAAAUAAACCGUAAUGCUAGACUUGGAAGUGGUCCCUGAAAGGUCGCUGGGAUGCGACAAUUGGGAGUUCAUUCUUGGAAUGCACUUUUCUCAAGCCGUUGCCAUCAUUCAAUCUCAAGUUGGCAUCAUCAAGGGAGUCCAAGUUCUUUAUUCAGAUGCGAAUCCCUUGAACGUGGACAUAAUAAUCAAUCUCCCGCAAGAUGGUGUCCGUUUAAUUUUCGACCCUGUGCAACAGCGGCUUAAAGCCAUCGAAGUGUUCAACAUGAAACUAGUCAAACUGAAGUACUACGGGCUUCCAUUCAACUCACCCGAGGUUGUACCUACGAUCGAGGAAAUAGAACACUCAUUCGGAGCUACCCAUCCGGGAGUGUACGAUUCGGCUAAGCAACUGUUUGCUCUUCACUUCCGGGGACUUAGUUUCUACUUUCCGGUGGACAGCAAACUUCAACCCGGAUAUGCCCAUGGAUUGGGUUCAUUGCACUUCCCUAAUGGCGCUUCACCGAUUGUCUCAAAGAUGGCUCUCUACUGUGGAGGAAGCGUUGCGGACAGUCGACCUCCUCCUUUGCCACUGUCCUGUUACAAUCAACAGUUGUAUUUGGAAUCCGCAACGGUACUGAGAAAUUCUUCAGGAACCCGCGGGCUACGACUUCAAUUGUAUACCGAGGGAUCACCACGUGUUCUUGAGCCGAGAAAACAAUGCCUAACAAGAGAGGUCAUCUUUGGUGAUAGUUGCCAGGAUGUGGCCAGCAAUCUCGGAGCACCUUCGAGAGUUUUCUUCAAAAGCGAGGACAAGAUGAAGAUUCACUCGCCAAGCGCACAUCGCCGAGUGCAAUCGAAGCGUAGUGAUUUCUUCUUCAACUAUUUUACGCUUGGUCUCGAUGUUUUGUUUGACGCACGCACCCAGCGUGCAAAGAAAAUCAUUCUGCACACCAACUAUCCGGGUCAUUACAACUUUAACAUGUACCAUCGUUGUGAGUUUAACUUACAAUUAGCGCCAGAUAAGGUAACUGAGGACACUCCAUUGGACUCACCAGUGAACAUAACCGCGUAUUCGAAAUGGGACACAAUCUCCUCCCGCUUGGCUCCUGCAGAACGACCGGUAGUUUUGCACCGGGCAAGUUCGACCAACACGGCUAACGUGUUCGGAUCCACUUUUUGCUACGGCUACCAGGAUAUUAUUUUCGAGGUGAUGCCGAACAAUUACAUAGCGUCAAUCACGCUGUACCAUCCGUCGCCAUAUUCGAGCGAAUACGCAUAUGGCAGUGGAAGCAACGCAAGCAGUGUCAGUAACAGCACCCGCAAUUUGCUGCAGGACAGCAAUAAAGGUAACAUUCGGGUCAGUGUAUGACCGGCUAUCAGCUUCAACCAACUCAUCCUGGACGGGCGCUAUUUAAGCUGCGUUAACUAGGUUGAGAGUCUUCGGGGCGCCGUUGAGUUGUUGAGAAAAGAAAUUACAUAGACAAAUAUGCAUGCAAACAAGUUUUAGUUAUAUGGGCAUCAAUUAAUUUACUACCGAUAUAAAAUUAGUAUAGAGCAAAUGAUCUUUUUCGUCGCUAUAUUUUUGUUUACGUUAAUUUUGCUGCUGUUAGAACAAUCUUCCAGGUUGAAUGGCAGAGGAAUGGCUUUGAUCUAAGCGGAAUAGAUUUAUUUUACUAAACCAUGCAUCACUGUAAGUUUUAUACAUUUACAUGGAUCAUACGAAAAUUUUAUUUCGGUUCAGAUGCUGUAAUAUUUUCAAUAGAAUAAUACUUUUUAUGGCCAAGUUAUAUUUUUGUUUUAAUUACAUGGGCUUGAGCCUAAACAAAAAAUGAGAAAAAAAAUAUUAAAACGUAUUCAAAUUGUCAGUAGAUUGUAGUGUGAAAGUGCUUCAAUGUGACGGAUAAUUAAAAAAAUAUAUAAAUGUGAUCCAAAAAUACUUCUAUUUUUCAAAAUAGACCAAAAACAUGAAUAACCUAAUCAAUAAAUUCCUAGAAUAAGGCUAUAUAAAUUUAAA